AUGGCUUCUCAAAAUUUAUCUUCUGUAACUUUAAUGACUUCAUAUGAUUCAUCUUUAAUGGCUUCACCGCCAGAUCCUGUUUGGAAGCAUUUUGUUGCAACUCCAUUAAAAUCACCUGGCCAUUUUUCUGCACAAUGUAAAUAUUGCGCUACUCAAUUUAACCGUAGGUGUCUAAAUGAGCUUGUGGUGCAUCUCACAAAAGAAUGUGAAGAUGAAAGCCUUGAUAAUGAAACAAGAAGCAAAUAUCUUGAGAUUGCAAUUCAGAGACAACUAUCAAAAGAACAAGCUAGUUCAAAAAAUCAAUCCAAAAAACAAAAAAUAAGUAUUAAUGAUUAUUGGGAAAAUGAAAAUUAA